GGGAGGAAAGGAUAGGAUUGGCAGAGAACACGAGUGCUUGUCCAGAGCUUGUCUGGCCACAUCACUUCACUGGAUUAUUAUAGCUCGCAAAUUUGGACCGCCGGCCUGAUGUCGUGGAUCAGGACAUAGGGAACUACUUAUUUUGAACUUUCUGAAAAAGUCUGUAUUCUACUUAUUUUUUUUUUUUUUUUAAAGCUGUUCCAUUCUUUAUGGUUUCUUGAUGAGGAAUUGAUGCGGGAAAGACAAGCAGAUCCAACAAUUUUUUUUCCCCCAGUGUGGAGUACUUUUCUUCAGUUUCGGGGUACUUGCAAAGUCAACCUUCCGCUGAGAUCAAGUCCGGCUCUCUGACCUGCCGUGGACUCUGUAUUUGGGGUUUGUGAAGUCGCUCGGGCUGGACGAGAGAGCGAGAGAGUCCACAGGAGGUCUGAGGGGAGACGUGAAGCCACGCUGGAAGGAAGGGAGUAGUAAGAAAAGGGGUAGAAAGAGGAGAAGAUGAGUGUGAGAUGGGAGACAGAGGGGCUACAGACGGUGGGCAUCGUCUGUCUGGUAUUCAUGUUCCUGAAACUCAUGCACCUGCUGGGGCUCAUAGACAUCACAGAGACAGAUGACAGCAGUGACAGUGACCUGGAGCUGUCCACGGUGCGACACCAACCCGAGGGUUUGGACCAACUGCAGUCUCAGACCAAGUUCACCAAGAAGGAGCUGCAGUCCCUCUACAGGGGCUUCAAGAAUGAAUGCCCCAGCGGAUUGGUUGAUGAGGAGACGUUCAAGACUAUCUAUUCUCAGUUCUUUCCCCAGGGAGAUGCCACCACAUAUGCCCACUUCCUCUUCAACGCUUUCGACCAGGACAGAAACGGUUCCAUUCGCUUUGAGGACUUUGUGAUUGGACUAUCUGUACUGCUCAGGGGGACUGUGACUGAGAAGCUCAACUGGGCCUUCAACCUCUAUGACAUCAACAAGGAUGGCUACAUCACUAAAGAGGAGAUGUUACUCAUCAUGCAGUCCAUCUAUGACAUGAUGGGCCGGUACACUUACCCCAUGGUGAGAGAUGAAGCACCUUCUGAACAUGUGGAGAAGUUCUUCCAGAAAAUGGACAGGAAUCGAGAUGGGGUGGUGACAAUUGAUGAGUUUAUCGAGACUUGCCAGAAGGAUGAGAACAUCAUGAGCUCCAUGCAGUUGUUUGAGAACGUCAUUUAGAACCAAAUAAAUGUAACGGAACACUUGCACCGAUCCACUUUGUCCCUGAACCUAGACCAUCCACGGAGCACCACUUCCUUGGACCAUCAACUUCCAUAGUCACCUAAGAACACAUACACACACACACACACACACACACACACACACACACACACACACACACACACACAGACACACAUGCAUGCACACACACACACACACACACACACACACACACACACACAUGCACACACACACAGACACACAUGCACACACACACAUACACAGAAGACAAACACAAUCUAGUAGAGGAUGUGGAACAGACCACACAUAUAUAUAUAUAUAUAUGUAGAUACUCAGAAAAAGACUCUUCUAUUUCUACGGUUUAAAAAAGAAGACAAAGAAGGACCAAGAUGGACACAGAGAGAGAGAGAGUGUGUGUGUGUGUGUGUGUGUGUGUGUGUGAGAGAGAGAGAGAU